AUGUGUUAUCUAGGUCAUUGUGUUCGCUUGUUUACGCCAUGUAGAGAGUAGACUAAUAAAGUAGGUCAUAUUCGUCAUAUUAGCUGUAGGCCUACCAACUUAAAACCAGACCCAUAGCCUCUUGUAUAGGCCUUACCGAUGGUGUAGAUGUUUGUUAAAAGUAACAGGGUUUAACGAACAUUGUGUUUUCGCAAAUCUUAUCCACAAUAUGCAAAGAUCUACGGAAAAAAAGGAAAUAAAAAUAAGUUCUAAGGGAGACGACCAAGGAGAUCAUGAAUGUGAAGUGUGGACAGAAGGAACGGACGGCACCUCACGCUGGCACACAUGCCACAAGAACCCAGGGCACCACGGGUUCAUCAAGUGCCAGGACUUUCACCUCCAACAUCUGCCCAAGUCCUACCAGGACCAGGACAUUCUCAAACUCAUCACCUCCAUUGCCGAACUCACUGUUCGAGUGAACGUCAACUACACCAGUUUUAAACGACCCAAGGGAUACAUUUUCUCAAACUAUGGAGGACAGACUACAACCCACACUGGAACUGGCUUUGUUUACCACUGCGGGUUCAGGGAUCGUGUAGGUUUAUCCUGCUCUUGUCAUGAGUGUCUUGAUAACCCGGAUGCUGAAAAACGAACAAGAUGGUGGAUUGUCAGAAUGCGGACGGCGAAGCAUGUUGUGUUCGAUGACGAUGAAGCGAAAAAUUGUACGAUAGAGGCGUUUUAUGAUGAAGACGACGACGAGAAAUCGAUUGAAAAAUGCGUUGAGGAUACACUCAAGAAAAAGGGUAAUGUUUUAUUUGGGUUGAAAGUUUUAGAAAGCAACUUCGACUGCGAUUGGUGUGAAGUGGAAGCGUUCACACACGAUAAAGAACUCGGUCAAAAGCUCCACGUCGCCCUUGAGAAAUUCAGCGCGUUGAGAAAAACGUUAAACCAUCACCGCACUGAUGACCAUGCCUGCCCGCCUCUAGCGGUCAUCGUCUCGCAUCCCCACGGGUACAGUAAGAGAAUCAGCCUGGGGAAAUGGCUGGAAAGAAAAGUUCACGACCUAUUUGUCGGGGACGCGUACAACACGGAGAUGACUGAGUACACCUACGACACCCCGACCUGCCGGGGCAGCAGCGGCGCCUCGGUGCUGAUCCUGGGGCGAGGGGUCAGUCUGGCAGAAGUGUUUGGGAUAUACGGUCCCAUGUGGUACCACCCACACAGCGGAGCCACCCCUGAUGGGAUUGGUAAAUGUGCUCUGGGAUUCGAUUGCAUUCGUUAAAUAAUUAGGUAUCCAAUUAAGUCAAAUUGAAUGUCAUGAAGCAUUGUCUUCAUGUCUUGACCCACGUACCAACUACGAACCGUAUCUGUCAGUUAGAAGUGCCUGCAAUUUCGCUCAGGCGUUUCGAUCUAGACAGACUGACGACAGAGGAAGUGAGUUAAAUAAAAGCUUGUAAAAAUAAAGACAAUGCAGAU